AUGCCCGACCGCGGCACCUACCACGACUGGACCCCCUACCUCUUCUAUCUCCUCCUCACCUCCGCCCUCGGCCCCCUCCUCUUCGGCUACCACCUCGCCGAGCUCAACGAACCCGAACAAGUAAUACGAUGUGCCCUUCCCACCACCACCACCACCACCACCACCUCAUCAACAUUCCCCCAAUGCCUCCCCAUGAGCACUCCCCAAUUCGCCCUCAUCUCCAGCAUCUUCACCCUCGGCGGCCUCCUCGGCGCCCUGACCAGCGGGCCCCUAACAACCAAAUACGGCCGUCUACCCACCAUGCUCCUGUCCUCCGUCUUCGCCGCCCUGGGUCCCGCACUCGCCGCCACAACCCUCAACAUCCCCAUGUUUGUUACAGGGCGCUUCAUAGCCGGUCUCGGAGCCGGUGCCGCUACGGUCAUCGUCCCCAUCUACAUCUCCGAGAUUGCGCCGCCGAACCAAAAGGGCUUUUUCGGGAGCACGACGCAGAUUAUGAUUAACAUGGGGAUUCUCACUACCCAACUCCUGGGACUGUUCCUGAGUAAAGGGCAAUUAUGGCGCAUUAUUCUCGGGGUGGGUGGCGUGAUAGCGGUGCUGCAGUUCGGGGCGUUGUAUCUGGCCGGACAGGAGAGUCCGAAGUGGUUGGCUGAUAACGGCAUGGCGGGGAGGGCUAAGAAGGCUCUACAGAGGAUAAGAGGCCAUGAAGCAGAUAUCGAGGAAGAAGUCAAGGGGUGGGGAAUCGAGAGUGUGCAGGAUAUGGAGGAUGAGGAAGAAACGCUCCUCUCAGGCCAAGACCACAUGUCCUCCCACCCCGCAUCUCCCUCCGGACCCGACGGCGCACCCGACAUCCACGCCUCUUCUAAACCCGGCAAGAAAGCAGAAAAGGCCGCUAAGACUCUCGGCUUCCUCGCCGUGCUCCAAUCCCCCGACAUCCGGCCCGCCGUCCUCGCCGUCGUAACAAUAAUGCUCGCCCAACAACUCUGCGGCAUCAACAGCAUAGUCAUGUACGGCGUCUCCCUGCUCUCGGACCUCCUAGCUGCCAACGCCGCUUUGCUAAACGUCCUGGUCGCGGUCCUAAACGUCAUCGUCACAACCGCCGCCGCACCGCUCGUAGAUCGGAUCGGGCGGAAACCGUGUUUGCUGAUUAGUAUCGGCGGUAUGGGCACGAGUUCCAUCCUCCUCGCUUUCGGGAUAAUGAACGCCAUCCCCGUCCUCUCCGCCAUCUCCGUCCUCCUCUUCGUCGCCUCCUUCGGCAUCGGUCUCGGUCCCGUUCCCUUCCUCCUGAGCUCCGAGCUCGUGGCCGCCGAGGCGGUCGGGGCGACGCAAUCCUGGGCCCUAGCGGCAAAUUGGAUCGCGACGUUCGCGGUUGCGCAGUUCUUCCCGCUUGUGAAUGAGCGGUUGGGGAAGGGACAGGUUUACUUCAUUUUUGCGGGGUUCGCGCUCUUGUUUGGGGGGUUUACGGCGUGGUUUGUGCCGGAGACGAGGGGGAGGAGGGACGCGGAUGAGGUUUGGGGGAGGCGGAAGGAUGGAGGGAGGGAGGAUUGA